AAAACAUCAAAGGGUGACGUCAUGUCAAUGUUUUAAAUGAUAAGACCUGAUAGGCUCACCACGAUUACUCCACGAUUAAAAACACGAUUUCUAUCGUGUGUAGCGCGAAUGGUGACAGCUGAACGUAGGCUUAAUAGGAAGCUUUUCGGGAUUAUGGUUUAUUUUUAGAUUUUUCUGAUACGUCUGGAUAACCUAUCUAUCGAAAGUAAAACGAUUGGACAGGAUGGGACCGAGUUAGAUACAAAAUAUGCUGCUGUUCGUCUUUGUCUUGAGUUUAUUAUUUUUAAAUACUGAUUUCUCAAAUUGUUUACAGUGUUUAGAUUACGAAGGAAAACCAGUUGACUGGUUUGUUGUAUACAAGUUACCAGAAUUAGACGAAAAUAAAUCGAGCCCAAUUCUUCAUCAUGGGUUAGGCCAUUUUUAUCUGGAUGCCAAUAAUCCAGAAUUUCAAUUAUCAAAAUAUUCUUUGAACUCUUCAAAUGAUGCCAUUUAUUACACUCUACAGCAGAUUUACACUGCCAAGGAUGAUUCGAUAUUAUAUGGUAUGUAUAAUGAUCAACCACCAAAACACAAGGGUUCCUUAAACCAUGGCCAUACAAAAGGUGUGAUAGCAAGUAAUGAAAAUCAAGGCUAUUGGUUGGUACACAGUGUACCCAAAUACCCUCCACUUAAAAAUGAAUCUUACACCUGGCCAAAAAGUGCGACAGUUUAUGGUCAGAACUUCUUAUGUAUCACAAUUGAUUAUGAGACAGUUGACAAGAUAGGAAAGCAGUAUUUGUAUAAUUAUCCCAAGUUUUAUGAUGAAUAUAUGCCACCACAAUUUGCUGAUGACAAUCCAAAUAUGGUUAAGGCUUUUAACAAAGUACAUGUUCAGUCUCCACCAUGGAACAACACGGCUGAUUUCUAUUCAAGUGGUGGAACUAAAUUUUACAGUUUUGCAAAGUUUUGUAAUUUUGAAAGAGAUUUAUAUGAUGCCUGGCUUGCUCCAUAUUUUAAGUCUGACAUGUUCGCAGAAACCUGGCAGAAUGGAAAAGGAAAAUUACCUUCCUACUGUUCGGUCCCUUUUAAGGUGUUAAAUGUUAUAGAAAUUUCACUACCUGAAGGUAUCAAGUUUAUAGAAACAAAAGAUCAUUCUAAAUGGGCCAUUACCAGAGAUGUUGGCAACUGGGUGUGUAUCGGAGAUAUCAAUAGAGAGGAAACACAGGAGAAGCGGGCAGGAGGUACUGUGUGUUUUCAAAAUAAAGAUGUUUGGAAGAACUAUAAUAACAGUAUAUUUGAUGUACAAAACUGCUCACCUAGAUAUUCUGUUGUAAAUCUUUAAAAAGAACCCAGAUAUGUUUGUUAUCUCCCUUGAUAUGAAGAACACAUUCCAGCCCUAACCCCCACAUCUUUAAUAGAAGGCUUGAUCUCGCUUUAACUACAUACAUCUUAUCAAGCCCUUCACGUAAUACCCUGCAUUUUUCGGCACUAAUUUCGAUUGAGUACAAGCCCAGCUUGUGAGCCUAUCAGAUUCCUCAAUCGUUGUGAAUACCAAGUCUUGCGCUUUCAAGCUAAAACGUCUACCUGUGAUAAUUGAGUUGCAAAGUUAAAGGUUCAUUCAAUGCCAAAGUUUCUUUGGAGGUCGCUAUCUUACAACUUCUGAUUGGACGCUACUGUUCACAUGUCUGUAGAUAACGUAGCUAUAAGCUCGGGAAUUGUGAAGUAAUCUAGCAAUGUCCAGAUGUUAUAAAACACGCAGUCAUUGCUUCAGGAACAUAUGUAACCCCCACAGAUUAUUUUGUUUCUCAAUAAUGGCAUGUUGUUAUGUUUUGAUCAAAAAGUAGUCAUAUCAAGAACACUUAGAAUAUCCCAUAGAUUAUUUUUAUACGCCCACAUGGAAAUGUGGUCGUAUAUUGCUUGCCAUCGCCCCUGUCCAUCCGUCCGUCCGUCGUCCACAAUGUCUUGUGAACACUCUACAGACUACAUUUAUCAUCUGAUUGUUUUGAAAUUGAUGUUGUUUGCAUUAGUGAGAUGAAGAAGCCCAUUGAAUUUCAAUAACUUCCGUUAAUUUCUUCUGGAGUUAUGGCCCCUGUUUCUCUUAGUUGCACCUUGUGAACACUCUAACAACAAAAGUUAUCAACCGAUCUGUAUGAAAUUUAUAUGCAUCAUUUAAAUUAGUAAAACAAAGAAGCAUAUUGAAGUUCAGCAAUUUCUGUUAAUUACAUCUAGAGUUAUGGCCCUUGUUUCACUUUGUUGAAUCUUGUGAACGCUCCAACGACAAAAGUUAUUAUCCGAUCUGUAUGAAAUUUAUAUGUAUUGUUUAAAUUAGUAAAAUGAACAAGCCUAUUGAGUUUCAGCAAAUUUCCGUUAAUUACAUCUAGAGGUAUGACCCUUGUUUCACUUUGUUGAAUCUUGUGAACGCUUGAAUGACAAAAGUUAUCACCCAAUCAUAUGCAUGAUUUAAAUUAGUGAAAUGAAGCAGCCUAUUGAAUGUCAGCAAUUUCCGUCAAUUACUUCUAGAGUUAUGGCCCUUGUUUUACCUUGUUGUACCUUAUGAACGUUAGAAUGACAAAAGUUAUCAUCCGAUCUGUAUGAAACGGAUGAUCUGUAUGAAAUUUAUAUGCAUUAUUUGAAUUAGUAAAACAAAAAAGCCUGUUGAAUUUCAACAAUUUCUGUAGAAUACUUCCAGAGUUACGGCCCGUGUUUUAGUGUUUAGAACCUUGUGAACCCUCAAACGACGAAAAUUAUAAUGUCAUCUGUAUGAAAUUGUCUAUUAGAUGCCCCUAAUUACCUACAAAAGAAUAAAUAUGUGACAACCCUUGUCGUCGACUGCUCGGACGAUUUAGCUGCUGUGGGCAUAGGUUUUGUUGCCUGGCAACCUAUCUUGAGACUACUAAUACAUUUUAUUGUCAAGACUUUAAUGUGUUGAAACUAAUUAUAAUGAGGGUUGCCACUUGUCAUAAAUGUGUAUUGAAAUUCAAGUGUUAUAAAUGCAAUCUACAAUACAGUAUCUUACUCUUCUGAUUCUAAAAAGAGAGAGAGAGAAAUGGGGUUUAAUGUUCACUCGACACAAACUAGGUCAUUUCGGGACUAACAUGUGGUUUAAUUUUAUUUCAAUAAUUCGCUUGCGCGUAUGGGUCUUUAGCAGUGGGAGGAAACCGGAGGACCUGGAGAAAACCCACGAGGUUGGACAGGCAACCCUACUCCUUGUCACGUACAACCGGGGAUUCGAAACCACGCCAGUUGACUCAAUGACAGACUUAAUGAUACAGCGCGCACGUUCUAACCACUAAGCUAUCCAACCCCCCUGAUUCUAAAAAAAAGUGGUCCCUUUAAGUGUAAUCAUAAUAUACAUAAGACAUUUUUUAUCUAUUGACUUUAGCUUUAUGUUAUCAACGAAAUUGAUGAUUUUAUUGUUUUCUUAGAUUUAAGAGGGAAGAUACUCAAAAUGCUUAUUGGAAUUAAUGUCAGAUUCAACACAUUAAUUUGUUUUGCAAGCAUUCUUUUCUUGUUUUACAGUACUCAAGCUUAAACACAUUUUAUUAUUUGAUACUAUUGCAAUUCUAUUGUAUUGUACAGCACUGUAUGCCCACAUUGAUUAUAGACAAAAUGACCAAAAUAUUGACCACGACAAGAUGUUAAACUCCAUUCCACUCCUAUUGAACAUAAUACUCAAAUCAUAUACUUUAUUGCUCACCUUACUGGAUCAGCCGACACACUUUUUAUAGUCCCACAUUUAAUAACAAAGAUACUGUUAUCGGCCCAAAUAGGCCUAUAUUUUUAUAAAUUUAAUCUUGUCACAUAUUGUAAAUAUCCAUAUAAUUUGGUUUCUCAUUCUUGGGUUUAACCAAGUGCCAAUUUAAAUAUUUUUUGUUUUUUACUUUCCUUUGUUUAUGUAUUUUCUGUAAUUAAAAUAUGUACAUGGACAUUCUGAACAAAUAAUAUGGCUGAAACCAAAAUUGAUUUACACACGAUAUGUAUGUAUUAAAAAUAUAUUAUUGUUCUAAAGAUAUUGAAAUAUAAUAUUGUUCAUAGAUAAGACAAGAUUUUGGCACACCC